GCAAACUCGCGUAAGUUGCAAGCAAAAUACCUUGAACAUGCCGGCGAUGCGAGCGAGGAGGAUAGUGACAUUGUUUUAACUGCCCUUGAACUGACGGACGACCUAAGUGGGGUUCUUAAAGGCAUUCUGGAAAAGUUGAACAAACUGGACCCGAUUGAAGGACCAGUUAAAAAGAUUGAAGGCAGCCUGGUCAAAUUAGAAGAAAGAACGACGAAGCUCGAAGCUUUGGAGAAAACGGCAAGAGAAGACAUUGAUAACUUAAAGGCAAACCACGUUAUUAUCAAAAAGAAACAAGACAACACCAAAGAUGCUUUAGACAAGAAAAUCAAAGGCCUGGAUGGGAAAAUUGCUGAAAAAAAUUAA